UUAUAUAAUACGACUGAGUUUCAAAUUCCGGGUCAACAUUCGACUUGAAUUUUAAGGCGAACACAUCUCUGGCUAGAGGUUCAGUACAACAGUCUUCAUUAUGAGCUCUAAACUUAUGAACUGUCGGUUUCCAAAAUCCGACGCGACGGUUCGACUUUUUUGCUUUCCGUGGGCUGGAGGUGGCUCUAAUUUUUAUUCAAACUGGGGUUCAGCUGUUUGUGACAAUGUGGAAGUUAUUGGAAUAAGUUUACCGGGAAGAGAAACACGUAUCUCCGAAAAACCAACAAACUCGGUUGAGCAGAUAGUGGAAGAAGUGACAAAGAAAAUGGUUAGUGAUUAUUCAGACAAGCCUUUCGCUUUAUUUGGCCACAGUAUGGGAGCUUUGUUAGCUUUUGAAACAGCGAAAGUCCUGAAAGAGAAAUAUCAAAAGGAACCGACCAAGAUGUAUGUGUCCGGUAUAUCGGGUCCGCACAUUCAGGAAAAGGCAAGAGUCAGUAGGACCGUUUCAGAACUAAACGAUUCUGAAUUCAUCGAGUAUCUUCGAUCAUUAGGUGGAACACCGGAAGAAGUGUUAAAUAAUAGUGAUAUGAUGAAUAUGUUUCUGCCCAUGUUAAGAGCGGAUUAUUCCAUUGUGGAUGACUAUCUGUAUGAACUACCAGAUGGGAAACCUUUAUUGUCAUGUCCUAUUGCGGCCUUUGACGGAAAAUCCGACAGAAAACAUGAAAUAGAAGCAUGGCAACGGGUCACAACUGGAAAACUGACUCUUAAUAUGAGAGAUGGUGGACAUUUUUAUUUAAAAGAACCAAAGAAUAUGAAAUAUCUUCAAGAUUUCAUAAGCAACGAUUUUUUUGUUAUGUGUGGUUAGAUUGUGUUUAUCAUUUGAAUUAAGGGAACAAAUUCAACAAUCACCUAAACAGAGUCGUUAAAUUCAAAGUAUAUACUUAACAUAAUAUUAACUGCUGGAAAGUGAACUAGAUUAUUUCAGAUUGAUAGACUGACUAGGUUAUAAUGAAGACGUAUAUCUCCAUCAUUACAAUUGUAUAUUUUAUAAGUUAUUCAUCAUCAAAAUAAACGUUUUUGAAGAUACUAUAAUCAUCAUCACCACCAUCUAAACGGUAUUAAUUUGGCUAAUAUUAUGAGCAUACCUUCAAACUGUAUGACAGAAUAUCCCAAGUUACAUAAUUUAUUAAAAUAUUAUAUAAUUUAAUUUAUGAUUUAUGAUUUUAUAAGUCACGUGUAGAAUAAAUAUAUCACCUUGUACUUAUUUUGACAACAUGA